AUGGGGGGCGAGGCGGAGGCCGCGGGCGCGGGCCGCCCCAGAGACCCCUCGCCCGAAAUUCGCUUUCGAAAUUAUGUCCCGAAAGACCCGAAGCUGCGGCAGUUUUGUUUGCCGCGGCCUUCAGUGGAGGAGUUGGAGAAGCAAAUAGCCAAGGAGGCCCAGGAAGCAGUCCAGGCUGCCAAGGAGGAGGACAUUCUGUCGCAAGUGGUGCCGCGGCGGCCCAACUGGGACUUGAAGCGCGACGUGGAACGAAAGAUAACAAUUCUUUCGAGAAGAACUGACAAAGCAAUAGUGCAACUAAUAAGAGAAAAGAUCGAGCAGAACAAAAAGGCGAAGGAGCUGGCCGGCGCGGAAGGGGUCGGAAAGAAAGAUUUCGAAACUGCCACGGAACACCUCUCGAAAGAGGAAAUUGAACUCGGCCAGACCGUCAUGAACGCAAUGAACGAAAUGGACGAAAUCGAUGACUUCGAUGAGGAAGAAGAAGCGUAG